GCUGACCAGCAUGCUACUGUACAAUCCGUUUAAUGUGUGGAUCGGACUCAGCAAGUUAAGCUCAGCUGGUAUUACUUCGAGAAUUUUCGGCUGGGUGGACAACACACGUGUUUCUUUUGUCAACUGGGCACCUGGUAGUCCGAGGUAUUAUUGGAAACGAUGUGUUACAAUGAUAGCAGCAUCUAUAAGAGCUGGGAAAUGGAUCGAUAGUUCUUGCUCUGAAAACCAAGGUUAUGUUUGUCAACAGUAUAAAGACCAAAAUCUUCCCGAGCAGAACGUGAAUUACUAUUGUAAUGGCUCACUAUCGAACUACGUGUCUUAUGGUCAAGGCUGUUACCGAGUGUACAACAGUAAGAAUACGUGGAAAGAUGCUGAGUAUUAUUGCCAAGAGGAAAAAGGCCAUCUGGCAUCAGUAGUGAGUCCCUACGAGCAAGCCUUUCUACAUUUGUUUCUGAAAAAAACCUCGAGUAACACAUGGAUUGGCUUUGGAUCUAAAACCGAUGAAAAUCGUUUCCGCUGGACUGACCAAUGGCCAGUGUAUUUUACCAACUGGGGUCGAGGUCAGCCAGUAACAUCAACUUCAAGUUCCCAGCAGCUGUGUGUAUCGUUUCUUAAGAAUGGACCUUGGAAUGUCACGUCAUGUGAGGAGAAGCUGCCAUUUGUUUGUAAAGUUAACAUCGACGACCCACCGAUCAUCCUUGAGCCAGUUGAGGGGGAAUGUCCGAACAAUUUGACUGAUUGGCUAGACGUAGAAGGACAUUACUGUUAUUAUAUCGAUAAUAAAUCCGUGAAGCAGUGGGGUGAAGCCUCGCGAAAAUGUCUUAUUCAAAAUGCCACCCUCGCAAGUUUUCAUUCCGAACACGAGCUAAAGAUUAUGCAACCUUACUUAUCUUUAGCAAAAACUGACCUGUGGAUCGGUCUUGUUCAAAAGGCAGAUGGUGGCUUUCGAUGGAUGGAUUAUAGCCCCGUGGAUUAUACCAACUGGGGGGAGGGAGAACCGAAUGACGUGUCUGUUGACCACUGUGUGCUGCUGCGGACACAGGACACGACUUGGAAGACAAUGAAAUGCAAUGUCAACGUCGGUCAUAUAUGUAUGGUGAAGAAAGUUCCAGGAAACUCACAUAAAAAGGAGAAAGAUGAAGAACACAGCAGCAAGGUACUUGCUUCUUGGGCAGUGGUGGUUAUUUGUCUUUCUAUCGUUACGUUAGUGGCAGUUAUCACGUCUCUGUGUUUCUACAGACUAAAAAAGAUUUCCACAUCAACGAAGUUACCACUAUCUUUCGACAAUAUCAUGCAUACAUCAGGAUCUGACACACUUUCAUAUCCAGCUUUGUCCUCUUCUUCUGUAACACCCCCUACUUCAUAAUGUUUCCGUCAUUGGUUUUAUACUGAUUUUAUGUAUUGCUGAGCUAAAUGAUAUCGUGUUAUACAUUCUUAUAUAUACAUUACCUAAAUAGUAAUAUUUUCUGAAAUAUGUAUUAUUUAGUGAAUCUAAGUUUCAAACAACCUAUCAAAGAUUAUGUAUUAUUUAGAUUUUAUUACAUAUUUGCAAAGUAGCCACUUAUUUCAUUGGUCUCAUAUU